CAUGAUAGUAUUGAUGAUUCGAGGAACACCCGCUCGGAAUCGGGAACCGUACCAUCAAUGGAAGAGAGAUUAGUUAGAUUCGCAAAGAGACACCUCUACAUGGUUGAACAAAUUAGGAGACGAAAAAAAGCACCAAAUUCUACAGAGGAACCUAUAGGAAACGCGAAAGAACGUCGAAAGAAAACAAUAAAAUUGACGAAGGAAUCUACUGGAACACAAAAACGCAGACGAAAC